GGUGGGAGGUGGGAGUGUCAGUCUUCCUGUACCUGACAGCUGAUUGGUGACGUGCGGCUGACUACAUAAAAAUUGCCUGCCCUCCUAACCAAGUACUGGAUAGGAGUGUGCAUUCAAGUGACUAGUGGGGCGGGAAGUAGAAGAGCCCGCCAGGCAGUGCAGCAAGAUGAGACACUGGAUAUAAGAAGGAAAAGCGGUGUAAGGUUUUCUCUUGGACCAUAACACAAGUCUGGUCAUCACCUGGCCCCCUGCCCGCCGCAGCCCUCUCUUCGCUGCCCCGCCAGGUUUUUUGGAAGUGACCAAGAUGGAUGUGGGUGAGGCAGAGUGUGAGGCAAUGAAGCGCGCCACACUACUGGUGGAGAACAUGCUGCAGCGGCCAGACCAGCUGCAGAAGGUGGAGCAAUAUCGCCGCAGAGUGCAACGCAAGAAGGCAUCUGUGGAGGCCAUGCUGAAGACAGCCAUGCAGAGUCAGCUGGAUGGGGUGCGCACAGGACUGACUCAGCUGCAGUCCGCCCUCACUGACCUCAGGGAGAUCAAGACCUGCCUGAGUGAGGUGGAGAGCAGUUUGGUGCGAGUGCCGGAGCUCAGCAAGGACCUGAAUGAGUGCCGGGCGGAGUACGUUCGGCACUCUCAGUACGCUGCCGCCAUGGAGAACCUGAAACACAUCUUUACUGUGCCAGAGUCUGUGGAGAAGACAGAAAAGUGGAUUAGCGAUGGAAGACUGCUGUAUGCCCACCAGUGUUUGAUGGACUUGGAGAACAGUCGUGAUGAUCUUCUGUUUGAGCUGCACAAGUUGCCUCACCAGAAUCCCAAUGAUACACGCAUGCUCAAGGAAUACUUUGCUGAUGUGCACAAGCUUUCCGAAGAGUUAGGCAAGCAAGUGUGGGUCAUCCUGCAACGCACCCUCAACACCGUCAGGAUGAAACCCACCCAAAUUGUCACGGCUCUCAGGAUUGUGGAGCGUGAGGAAAGGGCGGAUCAGUUUGCUCUCCAGCGGCAGAAGGGAUCUGGCUUCCUUCCUCCCGGCCGUCCCAAGAAGUGGCGAGAGAAGACUCUGAAGGUAUUGGAGGAAGCCGUGGUGGAGCGCAUUGAAGGCACCAUACUUGAGGACCGCAGCAAAAGCAAGAACUGGCUUAUCAAGCAUCUGGAGGUGAUUCGUCUACUAGUGCUUGAAGACAUGAAGGUGAUCAGCUCGCUGUGCGUUCCCUGCUUCCCUCCAAGCUUUGACAUCGUUAAUCUGUAUGUUCAGAUGUACCACAAGAGCCUGGCUAAUCAUCUGGUGGAGCUCAUUGAUGCAAAACUGGAGGACAACGAGUAUGUCACACUGCUAUCCUGGGUGCUCAAUGUGUAUGCUGGACCAGAGCUCAUGGGUCACCCAACUCUCAACAUAAACAUUGCCAAGCUGGGGCCACUCCUGGAGGACAAGGUGCUGAAUAACCUCAUAUCAGAGUACCUCAAAAAUGUGAACAACAACUAUGACUCCUGGAUGACUAAGGCACUGGAGAUUGAGGAGAAAGAGUGGUACCGCUCAGAGCCGCCUCAGCAGGAUCCAGACUCCCACUACAAGACAGAGGUGCCGCAACUCAUCCAUGACAUGAUCCGCCAGAAUCUAGAGGUGGCCAACACCACCAGCCCAGAGGUGCAGGUUCAGGUGCUCAUCUGCAGUUUGGAGCAGGUGAGGCUGUUUGCUGGCAAGUUUGACGCGGCCGUGAAGCGCUACAAGGACAACUACUACUCAGACCGCUCACAGAUCCAGUACUACACAACCUACAUCAUUGCCUUGGCCAACAGCUGCCAAGGGAUGGUGGAUGUUCUGAUGAGCAUCAAGGCACAGUUCUGGCGGCCAGGCACCACCACCAACACUUACGACACAGAGAUUGCCACCAAGUUUGAUGCUGUCCUUAAUGUCUAUCAGCGUGUGAGGAACCAGAUGUGUGACCACCUUCUGGAGGAGGCCAUAGAGGACCUGCAGGACCACUUCAAUGCUCUCCUUACCCAGCGGUGGCUGCACGACACUGAGCCCAUGGAUACCAUUUGCCUCACCCUCUCGGAUUACUUCAACGACUACUCUCACCUUCAUCAGAAGAACUUUGACCACGUGGUACAGCUUGUACUGAACACGGUGGCAAUGCGUUACACCACUGCCAUCCUGCAGAAGCGACUCACACUCAAGACACAGGAGGACCGCAAGCUGGUGGCUGAGAGGAUAAUUUCUGAAGCAGAGAAGGUGGCCACAGUGUUUGAGCAGGUGGCUCCAGACCUAGUGAAGUUUGACUCUCCCUGUGACGUGAUGAAGGGUCUUGCCGAGGUCAUCAAGGUCUCUGAUGUUGAAAUGAUCAGCCUGGAAGUUCAUCCUUUGCUCCGCAGCCCCAUGGACUGCUACACUAGUGCAUGCUGGGAUGUGGUACAGUCAUGCUGGAUGGUGAGCCACUCUGCCAGCUCCAUCACACAGGACAUGGCAGACCCUUCUCUGCAUUCCUGGUGUGUUGUAAUAUGCACCUAAAAAUGAUGAAGGCUUGAACAGGUUAGCACCAGAUGACUGAAUCAACAGUUGUUUCCCGUGUGGCUGCAUCACUCUAUUUUAUCAUUUUCCCAGCCUAUAUUUAUUUCUUAGUUACAUGUAUAUUACUUCUUAAGUUUACUUUGAGAGUGUAACUGCUUACAUAGAAAAACUGCAUACUGUAGAGUGAACAGUAAUACUAAAUAAAUCACUAGGUUGGCUCAUAUCAAGGCAGUCCUCAUAAUGCAUAACUUGCCAUUCUUUUAAUGUAACAACUUGUGUAUUUUUUUUAACUUUUGCCCUCAUCUAUUUAUCUCGUGUGUUUCAGGCAUGUUGCAAAAUUGCACGCACGUGUGUGUGUGUGUGUGUGUGUGUGUUGUGUGUGUGUGUGUGUGUGCCAUGAUGCAAGUGGCGCAUCUCAAGAUUUGAAGCAACAAACAUUGAGAGGAGGUAAAGACAGGUCAGUCUGGUCUCCCAGCAGGUGACCAGUGAUGUGGGGUAUACUCACUCUAGUCUGGCAAGCUCUAUUAUAUACAAGCAACACUAUUUGCACAUAAAUGAGUGUUCCAUGCCUGUAGGUUGUGCUGUGGUUAGCAGGCUCAUCUCACACCCAGUGAUCCUAUACUGAAUCUCAGGGCAGAAAGGAGAAGGAUAUUUUCUCUCCAAUCUUUUUACUAGGCAUUGGCAUAAGGAUGUUGGAUUCCAGUACCCAUUUAUAUGUUGCGGUAUGCCCAAAUAAAUAUGUGGCCAGCCCUAAGACAUGAGACAAAGAGCACAUCUCUUUUUUUUCCCAGUGUCAAGAAGGGUGACUGGAAAGGACGGAACAAGGGGCUGGGGAUCCCUCCUUCCUACAUUGAGACAGAGCACAGAGGGGGAGGACAGAUAGGGCCAGUGUGUGUGUGUGUGUGUGUGUGUGUGUGUGUGUGUGUGUGUGUGUGUGUGUGUGUGUGUGUGUGUGUGUGUGUGUGUGUGUGUGUGUGUGACAUGAUUGAG